AUGUCUUGUACGCGUCGUGAAGAGGGCAAGAGUCAACCUAAUGCAAGCAACAUGAACAAUGUUGCAACCAGACAAUACCUUCCAUGUUGUAGUGUUGGAGAUGCUGCCUCAGUUGCAAUUGGGUCUGGGAUAGUUCAUAAGUUCUCUGCCUUGUCCGUCUCAAUUGGAAAGGGCAGUCAAACAUUAGAGCAACUCCACCCAUUUGCCCUUAGCCAUGGCAAGGGGGGAGCUAGGGCAGCCACUAUUCACUAUUUUAUUGCAAAAAAAUUGGCUGCCGUUGGAUUGGAGGAAAAAAUCAGAUCGGAGAGCCCAGACGACGCCACGUGGCAACAGGAAAAAAAUCAAAUCAGCGCGGCAGAACUUGCCUUCGGGCCAGCCCGAGGAGGUGGGUCCCACACCCCCCCGGGCCUGGGCUGCUCUGCUAGAACGCCAAUUUUUUUUUUCCCCCCUAGCCUCGGGCUGGGCUGCAGCGGUGGAAAGGCUCUUAUGAUUAGGGUAAAAGGGAAAUUAUAA